AUGUUGACUUGGGAGAGAACCUUGCAGGAAAUUGGUAACGAUGAAAACUUUGCUAUUCCUUUUUGGAAAAGUAAAACACAAUGUGAGCCAGCUAUUUGUUCCGAAGAGCUUCUUGGUGUAACAAAACAAGUUGGUGGAACUGUGCAGGGCAAAUACUUUGACAACUGGUGCGUCAUUUGCACCAGCGAACAAACCCAUUUCUCGCCAAAGAUGUGUGACCCAAUGAACAAGAAAACUGGUUUGGAAAGGAUCACUGAGAAGGAAAUGGAAGGAAAAGUAAGAAAAGAGGGAUAUACAAUGACAUUUCCAGCCAAAGAAGAAGUCAACUUUGCACUCCGGUUUGAAACUUUUGACCUGCCACCCUAUGGCAAAGAGUCAAGCUGCAAAUUUUAAAAAGAUCAUUGAAGGCUACGUCAGUGCAAAGACCGGUUAUCCUUUGCCAAAUGUCCACACCUUUUGACAUAACCAGGUUCACAUAGUCGUGGGUGGAGCCAUGGGAGAUGUAUCUUCUGCGUCAAACGACUCAAUCUUCCCUCUUCAUCAUUUCUUUGUGGAUCGUAUUUAUGAGAAAUGUCCUCGCAAGUUCAACAAGAACGCUUCGGUUCCUUCAACCUACAAUGCACCCAUCGGACACAACAAAGAUAACGUCAUUGUACCAUUUUAUCCUGUGUUAUCGACAGUAUACGUAUACUCAUCAACAGAUGUUUAUUAAUAAGAAGUCUUUCGAGUUCGGUUAUGACUACGACAAUAUAAUGUCGACGAGAAUGGUAAGUAUACAUUAA